AUACCUCUGUAAACAGAUGGCACUACAUCUAACAACAUGCCAUCUAUAUAAAUGGAACUACCACUCACAGAAGAGAAAGUCGACGAGGUUUCUGCUAGCGGUCAUUUAUCGUGUGAUCAAGAUGGUGACGCACGGAGGCAUCGUGUUUCUGCUGAAUGCAGCAAAAUUUUUAUCCCGGCGAGCAUUUUCAACUUCAAGAAUUGUUAACGCACAGCAGAUGACAGUACGAGAUGCUCUCAAUGCUGGUUUGGAUGAAGAAAUGGAGCGUGAUGAACGAGUAUUUGUUCUGGGUGAGGAGGUGGCAAUGUAUGAUGGUGCAUAUAAAGUGUCUCGUGGAUUGUGGAAGAAAUAUGGAGACAAAAGAGUUAUUGAUACACCAAUAACAGAAAUGGGAUUUGCUGGAAUAGCAGUUGGAGCUGCAAUGGCUGGCUUGCGUCCUGUCUGUGAAUUCAUGACAUUCAACUUUUCAAUGCAAGCAAUAGACCAUGUUAUAAACUCUGCAGCCAAAACAUUUUAUAUGUCAGCAGGCAAAGUGAAUGUGCCCAUCGUGUUCCGUGGACCUAAUGGGGCUGCAGCAGGUGUUGCAGCACAGCAUUCUCAGUGUUUUGGCGCUUGGUACAGCCAUUGCCCAGGUCUAAAGGUGGUCUCCCCAUACACAGCUGAAGAUCACAAAGGGUUGAUAAAGGCAGCAAUUCGUGACCCAGAUCCAGUUGUGGUAUUGGAAAAUGAGAUUUUAUAUGGCGUUGCAUUUCCUGUAUCAGACGAAGCUAUGUCUAAAGACUUUCUUGUGCCAAUAGGAAAGGCUAAAAUAGAACGUACAGGAAGCCACAUUACAUUGGUUGCACAUUCAAGGGCUGUAGAACUUUCACUUGAUGCAGCAAAGGAACUUGCAGGGGAAGGAAUUGAGUGUGAAGUCAUAAAUCUGAGAUCCAUUAGACCACUGGAUGAAGAAACAAUAAUAAAAAGUGUGAUAAAGACAAAUCAUCUUGUGACAGUUGAGCAAGGGUGGCCACAGUGUGGAAUUGGUUCAGAAAUAUGUGCUAGAAUAAUGGAGAGUGAAGCAUUCUACCAUUUGGACUCACCUGUAGUACGUGUAACAGGUGUAGAUGCACCAAUGCCAUACACCAAGAGCCUAGAGGCAGCUGCACUACCUCAACCACAUGACAUUGUCCGAGCCGUCAAACAAGUUCUUACCGUAAAAUCAUAAAUAGUUUAUAUUUUAAUUUUAAUUUAAAAUCCAGCUUGUUUAUCCUUUAUCCAUGAAAACCUCUGUUUCAUAUACUGUAUCAGUAUAACAAAGUUUUGGUUUCCACCCUUUAGAAUGGAAUCGUAGAUAUAGAGUGAUCGUGUGCUGCAUGAAUUUAUAUAUUAAUGUAAAACUUGAAGAUGACUGUCU